AUGAAUAGUUGUGCUUCGAUUAAUGAUGAAGUUAUUACCAAAUACAAUGAACUAAUAUUGGGACACAUAAGUAAAGGAAUUAUCAUUAAAUUUUCAGAUGAUUUUAAAGAAGUAGUUUUUGAAGAUUCUUUCAAUGGAGAAUCAUUUGAAGACUAUAUAAAUAAAUUUCCCCAAGAUGAUUGUAGAUAUGGUGUUUAUGAUUUCUCAUAUAUGGACAAUAAAGAAAAUAAAAAAAAUAAAAUCUUUUUCAUUUCUUGGUGUCCAGUGGAAACAAAAAUCAAAAAUAAAAUCGUUCACACAGCCACAGAACAGUCAAUUUAUAAAAAAUUAGUUGGAAUAGAUGCAAUAAUCAAAGCAACUGACAACACUGAAAUUUCACAAUCAUUGGUUGAAGAAAGAUGUAAAUAA